AUGGAGGAUCAAAGUUGCAACCAUGGUGGAUGUAGCAUGUCCUCGCCCUACCGGGGAGUCCGGAAGCGGAAAUGGGGCAAAUGGGUGUCCGAGAUUCGCGAGCCUGGAAAGAAAACUCGAAUUUGGCUGGGAAGUUUCGAGACGGCGGAAAUGGCGGCUGCGGCGUACGACGCGGCAGCAUUGCACCUUAGAGGGCCCGAAGCGCGGCUGAAUUUUCCCCAGCUUAGGGACAAUAUCCCUAAGCCUGCAAGCUCGAGUGCGGAGGAUAUACGUUUGGCGGCUCAAGAGGCCGCUUUGGGUCUCAAGAGGCCUACCGAAGAGCCUGAGGCAGGUAGCUCCAGCUCCAACCCGGGUCCGGUAAGGAUAGGACUCUCUCCGAGUCAAAUUCAAGCCAUUAAUAACUCACCUCUCGACUCACCUAAAAUGUGGAUGGAGUUGGCAGAUGCUCCUAUGGUAGAAGAACAUGUCAUUUUUUCUAAUGAUAUUGAGAUGAGUGAUUGGGAAGAAAUACCUGAUGAUUCCUUAUGGGAUUCCUAG